UUCCUCCAUGAGGACCUGACAGUGAAAAUAGGUGACUUUGGCCUGGCCACAGUGAAGUCCCGCUGGAGCGGCUCCCACCAGUUUGAACAGCUGUCUGGCUCCAUCCUGUGGAUGGCCCCAGAGGUGAUAAGACUGCAGGACAAGAAUCCCUACAGCUUUCAGUCUGAUGUCUAUGCCUUUGGUAUCGUGCUGUAUGAACUCAUGUCAGGAGCGCUACCUUACUCUAACAUUAACAACAGAGAUCAGAUUAUAUUCAUGGUGGGUCGAGGUUACUUAUCUCCUGACCUGAGCAAGGUUCGCAGCAACUGUCCUAAGGCCAUGAAGAGACUGAUGGCCGACUGCCUGAAGAAGAAGAGAGAGGAGCGACCACUCUUUCCUCAGAUACUGGCAUCCAUCGAGCUGCUGGCUCGCUCUUUACCCAAAAUCCACCGCAGCGCCUCUGAGCCCUCAUUGAACAGGGCUGGUUUUCAGACUGAAGACUUCAGCUUGUACGCAUGCGCCUCCCCCAAAACCCCAAUACAGGCCGGGGGGUAUGGGGAGUUUUCAUUCAAAUAAGUGCUGCAGAUUCAUCUCUUGUCACUUCUCCUAAGUAUUGUGUUCCUACGGUGGGUUCAUCCAUUAUUAAAAACAAAAAAGUAGUCUCAAAUAUUUUACUGUUUUAUCCUUCAAGAAUGCAGCCUCAGUGGAGUCCUUUUGACAAAGUUCUCUGGUGGGUGAACUGCAAUGCCAACAAACAAAACCCAAUCAAAUUUUAAAAGACCCCCCCCCAAAAAAAACAACAACAACAAACAACAAAGCAAAACAUGAAUAACAAAAAGGAAACACACAAAGAGAAAACAACAAAUAUAUCCAAAACCAAACCAGUCUUGAGGAGGAGAUGGUGCUAACCAUCUCAGGUGUUAACCAGAAGCAUAGUCUGCCUGCUGGAACGAAAAGGGAGGUGGAGGUUCAGCAAAAUCAAGCUACUUGGCAGCACUUCCCAGACGGAGAGGGGAUGAUUAUUUGGACAGGCCG